GCAGGAUGGCGGAGAUGACCACUGCCCCCAGUGAGACGCACACCUUUGCAAACGAGCAUGGGGACUACCACAACUGGACAGAGCUGUUCCAGCUCCUCAACUACACCUUCACCUUCUGUGAGUUCAGCCUGGAUGAGAAUGUCAAGCGGGUCGUCCUCUUCAUCCUUUACCUGGUCAUCUUCGUGGUGGGCUUGGUGGAGAACCUCCUCGUCAUCUGGGUCAACUGGCAGACCCGGGGCAACAAGAGCCUGGUGAACCUCUACAUCAUCAACAUGGCCAUCGCCGACCUCGGGGUGCUGCUCUCGCUGCCCAUCUGGAUGCUGGAGGUGAUGCUGGAUUACACUUGGCUCUGGGGCAGCUUCCUCUGCCGCUUCACGCACUACUUCUAUUUCGCCAACAUGUACGCCAGCAUCUUCUUCCUCACCUGCCUGAGCGUCGAUCGCUACGUGUCCUUGACAACCUCCUCCAGCUUCUGGCGGAAGCACCAGCACCGCGCGCGCCGCAUCAUCUGCGGCUGCAGCUGGGUCCUGGCAGCAACAAUCCCCUUCCUGGAGGUUGCUCACAUGCAGCUGGUCAACACCGGAGAGCCCAUCUGCAUCUUCCUGGCCCCCUUUGAGACCUAUGACGACUGGGCCCUGGCUGUCAGUUUAGCCACCACCACCAUCGGCUUCCUCAUCCCUUUCCCCAUCAUCACGGUUUUCAACAUCCUCACGGCCAGGUACAUCAAGCGCGCCAAGCCGGAGAGUGGGAAGCACUGCCUGCUCAUCUACGCCUACAUCGCUGUGUUCCUGCUCAGCUGGCUGCCCUUCCACGUCGUGCUCACGCUGCUCACCCUCGACGGCAGCCACAUCAUCCUGCACUGCAGCUUUGCCCAUUUCCUCUACUUCUUCUACGACAUCAUCGACUGCUUCACCCUGCUCCACUGCGUCGUCAACCCCAUCCUCUACAACUUCCUCAGCAAAAGCUUCCGCAGCAAGCUCAUCUCUGCCGUGGUUAGAUACAUCCCCAAGGAGCACGCGGGCCGCCGGGGCGCCAACAGCUCCUCCUCGAGCACACAGCACUCCAUAGUCAUCGCCAAGGACGGCGCCGCGGGGCCCGGCGAGCGCCCGGCUCCCAGCGCACCGUGA